CUUCAGAAGACAAUGAGGUCAUUCAACCAGGUUUCAUCAGCCCCAGGCGGGGCAAGCAAAGGUGGAGAAGAGCCCGGGAAGCUGCCGGAACAGGCAGAGGAGGAAUCCCAGGUUUUGCACGGAACUGGCCACUGUAAGUGGUUCAAUGUGCGAAUGGGAUUUGGAUUCAUCUCCAUGAUAAACCGAGAAGGAAGCCCCUUGGAUAUCCCAGUCGAUGUAUUCGUACACCAAAGCAAAUUAUUCAUGGAAGGAUUUAGAAGCCUAAAAGAAGGAGAACCAGUGGAAUUCACAUUUAAAAAAUCUUCCAAAGGCCUUGAAUCAAUACGGGUAACAGGACCUGGUGGGAGCCCCUGUUUAGGAAGUGAAAGAAGACCCAAAGGGAAGACACUACAAAAAAGAAAACCAAAGGGAGAUAGAUGCUACAACUGUGGUGGCCUUGAUCAUCAUGCUAAGGAAUGUAGUCUACCUCCUCAGCCAAAGAAGUGCCAUUACUGUCAGAGCAUCACGCACAUGGUGGCAAACUGCCCACAUAAAACUGUUGUGCCGCCGCCCGUCGGUUCUCAGGGAAGACAGGACGCGGAUUCACAGCCAUGCGCCUCGGCCUUCCCGCGGGAGGUGGGGGCGGGGCUCGGCGGGGCGGCGCCCCCGUUUCCGCAGGAGGCUAGGUCCGAGGUCUCAGAAUGGCCCGCCAGGGCCCCGCAAGAAGCUUCCUCCAUGAAGUCACCGGCAGCACCCGAAGAACAAAGCAAAAAGGGGCCUUCUGUUCAAAAAAGGAAAAAGACAUAACCCUUCUUCUCAGUGUACCGUUUUCUUCCCCCGGUUGGAAGUCUACCUCAUGCAAGCACAAGGGAACA